AUGAAUCAUAAUGAGCCAGAUCAUUCUGGUGAAACCCCUUUCUUUUGGGCAGUAGGAGGGGGGGAUCGCUCUACAGUCUCGAGCCUUGCCAAGCGACGCAGCGUAAACAUCAAUCGCAGAGAUAAACAAGGGCGCACAGCCAUAUCAUGGGCUGCUGGGGAUGGCAUGGCCGACAUGCUUGAGAUGCUACUCAAAUUACCUGGUAUCGGAGCCAACAUCCCGGAAAAUAAGGGAAGAUCCGCUCUCUCCUGGGCCUCAGGCAAUGGUCGGAUUAACACAGUUGAGAUACUUCUAGAGAAUAGUACGGUGAGCAGAGCAAGUAUCGACAAGGACAAGAGAACAGCCAUAUCAUGGGCUAGUGCCGCUGGGCACUGCGAAGUCGUUGUGAAACUUCUCGACUGCGGAUGUCCCGGGGUGGAUGCUGAAGACAUAGAUGGUUGGACACCCUUGGCGUGGGCUACACAGACCGGCGCGCCGGAUACUGUCCAGGCUCUUAUCGACAGCAAACAAGUACAAAUCGAUCGACAAGAUCGUAGUGGGCGGACUGCAUUGUCUUGGGCCGUCGGAUACGGCCAUGCGGACGUCGUCAAUGUGCUUUUGCGGGCAGGAGCUGACCCCGAUGCUAGCAGUACGAUGGUAGUACUCCAAUCUCCAUCGCCAACCGUUUCGGUAGAAGUGACUUGGCUAAGGAACUGA